AUGAUGGAAAACUCAUCCAAUGUGAGCACCAGUUUUGUGCUGCUGGGACUAGUGGAGAUGGAAGGAUUCUGGUACCUUUAUUGCCUCGUUUGCCUCGUUACCUACACAUUUAUAAUGGUUCUGAGCUCCAUUAUCGUACUCGUGGUUGUGACGGAGGAAAGCCUUCAUGAACCCAUGUACCUUCUCAUUUGCACCCUCGUCCUCAAUGGCAUAUUGGGAAGUUCGACCUUCUUCCCCAAACUGAUAAUUGACCUUCUCUCUUCAUCUAAAACCAUCUCCCGAGCCCCCUGCCUCGGCCAGGCCUUCUGUGUCUUGUUCUUUGCCUUUUUUGAGAUCUGCACUUUUACCCUAAUGGCCUACGACCGGUACGUGGCCGUUUGUUACCCCUUGCAGUACGUUCUUAUCAUGACCAUUGAGAAGACACUGAGGUUCAUCGUUGCAUCUUUCACCUUCACCUUCACGGCCAACUUGGUGGCAAUUGUCCUCUCUGCCAGGCUCCCUCUUUGUGGGUCGCAAAUCAGAAACAUAUUUUGUGACAACAUGUCGUUUUUCAUACUGUCCUGUGUCAACACGUCUAUCAACAAUAUCUACGGUGCCGCCGUGUUCAUGAUGUUUUUGGUGUUCACCCUAUUGGUCAUCGCCUAUUCCUACAUAAGGAUAUUCCUCAUCUGCAUGAAGAUUUCCCAGCAUGCCUAUGAAAAGGCCAUCCACACCCUGGUCACCCAUUUGGUGAAUUUUUCUAUUUUCCUUAUCGGGGUGUUGUUUAUAUUUAUCAGGUACAGGUUGGGGAACGUGGAUCUGCCCCUGGGAGUGCAAAUUCUGCUGUCGGCCACCUGCUUGGUCGUCCCUCCUCUUCUCAACCCCUUCAUCUACGGGAUAAGGACAAAGGCUCUGACGAUGAAAAUCAGCCGCUUCCUCAACAAAUGA